UAGGCCCUCUUCGCUCCUGCUGCUUUUGGUAUUUCGUGUUUUCUAUAGCGAACUUGAAAAGUUGAUGUCCCCCAAAGGCACGUCAUUCGUUCUCACGUGUCGCCGUCAAGCAAGUGAGGCGAGACCCCGCGGCUUUGGAUGAGCCCCCUCAACGUCUCCCGCGUGUGCCCCUCCCCGGAGUCCUUGUUAGCACAGCACACUGACAAGCCGUACCUGUCAUCUGACCCAAGGCUAAAGUGGAGGGAGGAGCGGGAGGAGCAGAGAGAAAGGCCUAGCGUAGGAGAGACUGGGGACAGAAGAGGGACGAGGAAUGGUGGUGGGUUGUGUCGGGCUUCAUGGGAUGGGACUGGGAGGCCGCCCCAUCUGGCUGCAGCACACCACCCCUCCUCAUGCCGUCCAUCCCACUUCACUUCCAAGGUACCAUUUCUUGGACUUGUCUCCGCCAAUGAGCCACGGGAACCGCACAGACUCCCGCACAACCCUGAAUGGCGGGCAUCAGAGUCUUAAUAUGAGCCUCUAAAUGCUUCCCUCCUGUCCAGAGUUGAUGGUGCUCGUCCGCCCCGAAAGGUCGGCCGAAAUCCAAGCUAAAGGUGUCGCUUCCAGACAAGGCCUGGACUAGGAUGCAACAUUCCUUGCCAAAGGGUCCACACUAGAAAAGGUAAACAUCAGCCGGAGGUGCACGUGGCCAUCU